AUGCUGCGGCGCCACCACUGCCGGCGCUGCGGGAACGUCUUCUGCGACGCGUGCUCCUCUGCGCGCAUGCCAUUGGUCAACUCGGGCUUCUUCAACCCGGUCAGAGUGUGCGCCAAGUGCUCGGUGGCGGCCAAGAAGGCGCACGCUAGAAUGGUGCAGGAGCGGCAGAAGGCCAGGAGUUUCCAGCCUGCCAGACGGCACAGUGACACGGGGGAUAGAGGAGACUCGGGCAGAGGGGGCGACGUGAUGGAGGGGGGUAUCAUGACGUCCAAUGGACGACGACAAGUACCCGGUAAUUUAUCCAGAGGCGCGUCGUGCGAGAGUUCCAGCGAGCGGGAGCGGACGGGCAGUGAGGAGACGGACCACGCUGGAGGACACUUUGGGCAUGGGGACGGACUCCUGCAGACUCUACCGGGUGAGGCAGUGCUGGUGAGGAACGACAACGUCCGGGUCAGGUUCCUGGACAGGAUAGAGCAUACGGGGAUACUCUACGUGACGAACUACCGACUGGUGUUUAGCCCCGCCCCGGACGGUGGGGAGAUAGACGAGUUGCCGUAUGCCAGUGAUCUGCACUCGGAAGCUUUGGUGGCGUACCAGGCCGUCCCCCUCGUGACGAUAGAUCGGGUUAAGCGCAAGGAGAUGGUGGAGACGGAUACGGGGAUGCUGGAGAUUGUCGGGAAGGAUUUCAGGCGACUGUACUUUAUCUUUGAAGGGCUCGUGUCCAAGCAGACGUUCAGUCAGUUCGAUCGAACGUACGCGCUUGUAAGGAUGCACGCGCUCGGUGAACCGGAAGGGAAAGUGGACGAGUUUGCCAAGUUUUCACUGGAAAGAUUUGAUGGCGUUAACGGUGCAGUGGAUGGUUGGAGAGUGUAUGAUGCAGUGGCGGAAUUCCAGCGCAUGGGCUUAUCGGCGUCCACGAAUCGAUGGCGACUGAGCUACAUCAACGAGCAGUACGAAUUGUGUCCAACCUACCCGUCAGUGUUGGCCGUUCCGUCUUCUGUAUCUGACAGCGUGUUGGCGGUGGCGUCCAAGUUUCGUUCUAAAGGUCGAAUCCCCGUUCUCUCGUGGCGUGACCGCCAUACAGGCGCGGUGAUCUGUCGAAGCAGUCAGCCGCUCGUUGGUCUCGGACAGAAGCAGUGCGACAAGGACGUCUUCCUCAUCCAGGCCAUCGCAGCGACCAAUCCGUCGUCGACGAAGCUUGUGAUUAUUGAUGCGCGGCCCUGGAAGAAUGCUAUAGCACAAAAGACUGUCGGUCGUGCGGGUUACGAACUCACGGAACACUAUGAAAUGCGUCAUGGAACAGCGUCGUUGAAAUACGCGGAUAUGGUCGCAUCUGAACAUAAUGCAGCAGCGGCUGCAGCCAUAUCUGCCGCCGAGCUCUCUAUCAAUGGCGAUUCACUAUCGGUCAAUGAUUCCAGUGUUGCGAGCGGCUGGGGCGAUAGUGAUGAACGCAGACAGAUUCUGGAGACGAUGGAGGCGUCGCUGGUUUUGACCGAGUGCAAGUUAAUUUUCAUGGGCAUCGAGAAUAUUCAUCAGAUGCGCAAAAGUUACCACAAACUCAUGGAUCUAUGCACUACGAAGCAGAACAACGACAAGUGGCUCGACCAGUUGGCUUCAACUCACUGGAUGGACCACAUCUCUCGCAUACUGGACUCGGCCGUGGAAAUCGUCCGCAUCGUCAAGGAACAGAAGUCCAGCGUUCUGAUUCAUUGUAGCGAUGGGUGGGACCGUACAGCUCAGCUUACAGCUCUUACGGAAUUGCUGAUUGAUCCAUACUACCGAACUGUGCAAGGAUUUCAGGUGCUGAUUGAGAAAGAAUGGUGCAGCUUUGGUCACAAGUUCCGGGAUCGAACGGGGCAUGGCGCGAGCAACAACUCUAACGAAAUCUCGCCGGUUUUCCUGCAGUGGAUUGAUUGCGUGUGGCAAGUGUUAGUCCAAUCCCCAAGUGCGUUCGAGUUUAACGAGCGAUACCUCAUUCUCAUCCUGGAUCACCUGUACUCGUGCCGCUUCGGCACGUUCCUGUACGACUCUGAACGGGAGCGCGUCGAGCAGGAAGCCCUCCAUCCGACCCAAUCUCUGUGGUCAUUUCUUAGCACAAUGGAUCGUUCUGUGGUACUGAACCCGUUUUAUCAACCGCACAACGCCCCGCGCAUGAAGUGGAAAGCGAGCGUGACGGCUACACGCCAGUGCUUCGAGAGGAAAAUUGGAGAUGAAUACGUUGAAUCUCCCCGAUCAAUUCCUCAUAUGACCCAUGAAGACUGCGACGUGCACUCGCUAGUGGACGGGUUUCAAGACUACAAAAUGAGUAGAUGCAUAUUUGACUCGGAUGGAUCCUCUUCAGGGUGUUCAAGUUCCACCUCGAUGGCGUUCGGGAGUACUGUUGCAGUGGCGUCUUCGCCAGCGCACUCGAAGGAUGAAGCGACGGAUGCUCAGGUGAAUGCAGCCUUGGAGUCCACGCACAUGCAGCUGUCACAUGAACUGGAACACAACGGUUUAAAAUUUGGCGGUGAUGACUUGGUUAAUUGGGACUGCGAGAGCGAUACGGAGAUGGCGAUGCUACAGCCGUCGUGCUACCACAAAAUCGUUCGCGAUCUGGAUGCAGGCUUCUCGUUCCCUCAACCGCUGGAGGCAUCAGCGCUGUCGAGCUUUCCCUCGUCCCCAGCUGUUGCCCCGCGCUCUCGCUCGUUCUACUUCGGUCGCUACGCUGAAGAUGGUGGGAGUGUUGUAAAGCCGUCGACGCCGAAGUCCCGUUCAUCGCUGACUUCGCUGUUCAUGCCCGCGGUAGAGCGAGCGCCGCUGUCGGACGGUCUGUGGAAUACGUCAGAUACCGACGCUGUUUCGGAGGGUGAUGAGAUCGGUCGCUAUGGGGCCCUCGCCUCGUGUGAAGAUGUGAUCGUGCCGUCCUGCUCGAUGAAGUCGCUCAGGUUCUGGGCGCACUACUAUCUGCGGUGGGAUCCCACCAGCCACUUCGACCGAGAUGCAAGCGUCGAGAUUGAGACGGUACAUCUCGAGUUACUCAUGCGGCUAGAAGCGUUGACCAAGCGAGUGGAUAUGGCUCGGGGUGACGAAGGGAUGAAGUGGGAGCGCAAGACCCAGCACGUCUUGUACGACUCCCCGGAUCGCCCUGGUGAUGUGAGCUCGCCUAGUAGUGUGUCGCCCCUGAAGCCGUGUCCAAGACGCGAGCGCAGGGCGACCUCAGAAGGAAGCACGUCGUCUCAGGACUCGGUUCUAAGUGCGGCAAAUGAUUCAAAGCUUGCCAAGCAGAUCGCGCAGUUGAAGGAGCAGAGGCGUCGAAGUCUCGAGGAAGUGGAAGCCAAAUACCAGAAGCAGCUCGCCGAAUUACUCCGGGCCAACGUGGCAGCAGGCGAUGCUUAA